CUGGGGCUCAGGGGUGGGGUUGGAAAAUACAGAAGGAGCAACAGCUUGAGCUCUGGGACUACAGUGGACAGAAAGUAAGAGCAUGGUGUGCUCUCAAUGAAGGAGUGAGAAAGAGGAAGCCAGAAAGAGAGAUGAAAGGAAACAAGACACAUCAAUCUACGUAAAGGAGGGCGUGAGGACAAGACGGACAUUGUAGUUCUACAGGAGCCGAGUGGAGAGGGAGAAAAGAGGGGGGAAAGGAGAGAAAGAAAGGAGAGAGGCGCAUGAGGUAUUUUUAUAGGGCACAGACAGAGAUAUGAUAGCCUGCUUACAGAAGCGGUGUGCCUGGAAACGCUCAGAAAGAGAGCGAGUGGGAGAGAGAGAGAGAGAAAGAGAGGGUGGAAAAGGAGGGGGGAGUGAGUGAGACAGAAAGAUUAACCAGUCAGAAAGAGCGAGAGUGAGCAGUGAAGUACAAUCGGGGAGAAAAAGCAAGGGAGGGAGGAGGGUGCAUGAGAGGUAAAAAAAAAGAAAAUGAAAGAGGGGAAAGGUGCCAAAACAAACUAAUGUGUCAGUGCUGAGUGAGGGACACUAGAAGAGAGGGAGAGAGAGAGAAGAGGGCCAGCCAGAGGACGUAGUAGGGGGAGAGAGGCAUGAGGGGACUGUUCUGCUUUAUGCUCACCCUGUCCAUCCUGGGGACUGUCCUGACUGCACUCGUCUGGUAUGUCUUCAGAGACCGGUGAGUCCCACUCCCUUUCACAUCCCUUCUCCCCAACUUCCUCCCUCUCGACUGGGCAGGUGUUGGAGCCUUUAGCCACGGGCUAGGUUUGGGGAUUAGGCCUGGCUGGUGGUAGCUAGCAUCAUAUACUCCAGACAGGCACAGAGAGGACAGAAGGGAGUGAGUCUCCACACUUUUGCUUUUAAUGUGUGAUUGUUUCACAUCGGUUGGUGUGAGUUGCUGCUCUACUGGAACAAGCAAUGUUCAACCUGGCAGACCCCCCCACAAAGAUCCUAUUAUGAACUCUGGGCCAGUCCCCUCCGGAACAUGCAAGGGCUGCAGGGAUACAGUUACUGAAAAAGUGGUGGAGCGCUACUCUCACAGCUGGAAGAAGCAGGAGGACAAGUUCAGAAAUUUCAGGUCUCUUCUGAGUAACAGAUGUCAUGGACUUACCAAGGCUAUGGUGACACAGGCCAACACUCCUCUGGGGUCAAAGGUUGUGUAUGAUGGAGAGAAGAGGAAGCCUCUUCAGGUGACCCCUGAACUGUUCAGCACCUUUGCUAAGGAGGAUCCUUUUGUGAAUACAACAUGGGAUACGUGUUCUGUUGUUGGGAAUGGGGGAAUCCUAGCUAAUAGCAGCUGUGGAGAGAAAAUCGACUCUGCCCAGUUUGUUAUCAGGUGUAAUCUCCCUCCUCUGGAGAACGGCUAUGAGAGAGACGUGGGCAACAAGACAGACCUGGUGACAGCUAAUCCCAGCAUCCUCAUGGAGAAAUAUGGGGGACUGCAGGAGCGUCGUCGGCCCUUCGUGGAGAGCCUGCGUAGCUAUGGCGACUCCCUGAUGCUCUUGCCAGCCUUCUCGUAUGGCCCCAACACGCCUGUGUCUCUGCGGGCCCUCUACACCAUCCAGGACUUUGACAGCCCCUUGCGGCCUGUCUUCCUCAACCCAGAGUACCUACAGAGUCUGGCGCACUUCUGGCAGGGCCAGGGCCUGCGGACGGUACGCCUCAGCACAGGACUCAUCGUGGCUAGCCUGGCGCUGGAGCUGUGCACCAACGUGCAUCUCUAUGGGUUCUGGCCCUUUAAUGAACACCCCCUCCGACACCAGCCCCUCACCAACCAUUACUACGACGACAGGCAGAGUAAGAAGACGGUGCACGCUAUGCCCGCUGAGUUUGACCACCUGCUUAGACUCCACAGCCAGGGCGUGCUCAGGAUACACCUGGGGGAGUGUGCGCCCAUGGCCAGGUAGGCCCCACCCCUUUACCGGAACUUUACCUACAGCUAGGACAGACACAACAGGGACAUAGGGCCCUCCUAUAGGCUCUCUCAGGAGUCCUACCCAGUCAUGCACUUACCCAGUCAUGUCUUUGCUACCUGCCACAUGGGAUGGCCCCGACUUGCCCAGAACAAUUCUGGUAUUCAGCACAGGGGCAUGUUUAUGUGACGUAUGUCUGGUCACAGUGGAGGAGCAAGGGAGAGACUGGGACAGUUAGUCUCCCCAGCAGCCAUUUGUAGAUUCUCAGUGUGAGAGUCUGCAGAACAGGUUGAUCUGCAAUCAAAUAAUUUGUACUGUACCCAAAAUGGGUGUAAAUACAUGAAAUAUGCAUAUCAUAUACUGUAUAGGUGUACAAUUAUGUAUUUAUCAAGUGUUCUAGCUGGACUCUAGAGAAUAUUUUUGUUUUGUUGGACUUAAAUACAAAGUGUUUUGGAACAUGUAUGGUUUAGAUGAGGCCUUCCCAACUACAGAGGGGGUCAGUGUAGUGCCUAAUAUGACUCACAUUCCUGACCCUAGCCAAAAAAAAACACAUGCGAGCCUUUAAGAGUUAACUGAAUGUAUGGUCAUGUCAAUCUAAUACCUCCUGGAUUGGGCAAUCUUUAGCUGGACUGUUACAUUCAGAUUUCUAUUUAAUAUCAAUGAUGAUUAAAUGUGUUAUAUCUCAUUAUGACAUAGUGUAUAAUACAUUCAAUGUGGUACUGGGUCUUUCCAUGAAAUGAGUCCCUUUUUUGUCUCUUUGAUAUUUUAAGUGGAAAUUGUGCACCAAUAUUGAAUUUUAAAAGACUGUUAAAUUAAAUGAAGUGCCCUUUAAUAUAGACCACAUGGAAAAUUCAAUAAAUCAUAUUUUUUUAAAUGAAUAAAGACUUCUGAAUUGUAGGUC